AUGGGCCGGGAUUUUAACACCUAUGGCCUCAACCCCCUCGAUCGAUCCGCUCCAACACCCCGUUCGGGCCCCAGCAUAGACAUGGGCGUAGCCUUCCAGCAGUGGAUGCAGAGUAUAGGACUCCUCUCCACCUUCCGCCACCGGCACCCCAGCCUACUACGCCACACCUACGCUCGUAACAACACUUCCGUGGCCCUGGAUGACAUCUACAUCACCGCCAUAUCCGCCCACAUAUUAAGUGCCAGCGGCAUCUGGCUUCACACCAUCCACUCCAUUGACCAUGCUGGCACCCCCUUUAUGGACCUAGCCCUUUGCUCAGGCGAUCACACGCCCUCGCGCCUCUCAGGUGUCAAGCCCACACGCUCCCUUACGAAGGGGGACAUCACCACAUUCGAUACCACCGACUGGCUCGAGGCGUCGGUCCAAAAUCUCUACGAUAUCCUAUACACCAGCGCCAAAAUCCAGUGGGGGGAAACCAGCCACAUUCGGAAGGCCCUCAACAGGGCAGUGGCGAUCCAACGCACCAACCGGGGCCGAAUAUCUAAUCUCCGACUUGCCCACAUGGUGGAAUUGCCCAAAUGGAUCCGCAUUCCAAACCUUCCCCCGUCCACGUGCUGGCACAGCUUUGGCGCCAUAGCGAUCGGGCAUCGCACGCUGGAAAAAUGUAUGUCGCAAAAGGCGCGACUGGCGUACCACCUGCAUCCGACAAACCCGCGUGCACCAACGAACCGCAUGGUUCCAAGGCCGCCAAACGCGGAAAUUCCUCCGAUCAGCACUCGGAGCACCCACUCCACCCAUUCCAUCCAGAGUGUCAUAAUCCGUCCUGCAGAUGUCCUCCCCCGCUACAGCUCGGACCAGGAAGAGAUACACUCCGACCGCCUCCAAGGCCCCACUUUGUCAGUGACUGCCUCCUCCAUGAUAUGGAUCGCCCAGACGUCCGUCGUUGCGCAGGCCUUCCAAACUCCCGCGGGCACCACAUGGGACACCACCUAUCACUACGAUGCAGAUAUGCAAGCACGCUGUGACCGCAGUCUACAUACGAGAGUGUCCCCAGGUUAUGGGGGUGUAUCCCAGGAACUCUGGAUUUCUGCCUCGGCGUGCAUCCGUGAACGGGAACGAACCGUCAUUAACCUUAUCCUACGCACAUGCCUAGUCCCCCCGAUCCUCGAACACAAGCAGAUGAUAUACCUCGCCAAAUCGGCCAUUGCCCGCGGCGUGGUAAACCUCGACCUUGGUCUUCCUCCUUGGCGCCCCAUCAUUGUUCAGACUGCCCUCAACAGUCGAAUUUUCACCGUUAUACGGGAUUACAUCUCCCCCUGCUUACCCAAUCAGGAGAUGCAAAACGGAUUUCAGUGGGACCGCACUGUCCAAGCUGUAGCCGUGCUCACCUCACUCCUCAUCGAACGCGCAGAACGACGACAGGAAGAGCUCUUCCUUAUAUCCAAGGAUUGCUUAAAAUGUUUCGAUCGCAUCCAGGCUGGGUCAUGGAGUACAUCUACCGCAAGCUCGGUGUCCCAUCCCUUCCUCGCCAGCUCAUGGACCAUUUUCUUGAAGCCAGCCAGAUUGACAUCCGCACGGUCUUUGGAUGGCUCGACGGGGGCAUCCGUGAAUUCAGACUAG